AUGGCUACAUAAAAAUCUACAGUAGAUAUCGUAAAAAAGACAUGUGUACUUCCAGUCAUAUAAGCAAGAGGGGCUAAGAGAAAAGGUGUUACUUCUAUGUAAGCACUGAUAAUAUUCAAAGAAUUCAAAAGAAUGCUUAAAGGUAUCAUUAUAAUAGCUAGAUUUGUACCAAAAUCAAUUUUUUAGCAUCUUUAAGAAACAUAAGGGUGCACAUAGAAUGAAACCAGAGACCUUAAAAUAAAAUUAGCCAAAGUAUAAGCUAUAAAAAAAAAAUCUUUGCUUCCAUACACUGAGCUGUGA